GGAAAAAAAGGCAAAAUCAUCCAAAGACACAACUCCCUAGGGGAAGAGCCCUCUCUCAUCUUUCAACACACAAACAUGCCCAGAAUGAACAAGAAAGCACCACGAGAUUCGGCCUUCUCAACUCGCUCUUGACUCGGCGUAGACUCACUUGACUCGCGCUUCCGCAGCAGGAGAGGAAACACAACGCCGGACGGACGACUAUUGCUGGUUCAAUUUUGGCAGUUGGUGAGUCGACGAUGGCAUCGGUGGACAAGCAGCGAAUUGAGGACGUGUUGGCGUGUCCGUUUCUGUUGGCGGAGAGGAUACGUUCGGCGGUGGAGGAGGCGGAGUCCUUCAAGUUGGAGUGUGGCGAGGUGGGGAAGCAAGUGGAUCGGCUGUUGCAAAUGCUUCGGACCCUUGUUCGGUUCACCACUGCGGUUCAGUCUCUCUACGAGAGGCCAAUUCGGCGCGUUGUGGCGGAGGUAUCGAGGAACCUGGACCGCGCCCUGACUCUUGUCCGCAAGUGCAAGCACCGCAAUAUCCUGCGCCGAGUCGUCGCCAUCACAAGUGUCGCCGAUUUUAAGAAGCUCUUCAACUUUCUUGAAGCUUCAGUCGGAGACAUGAGGUGGCUCCUCAGCUUGUUUGACUGCGAAAACGGCGGUGCCUCUGUUGGAAACGUUCUCUCCCUCCCUCCAAUCGCCAGCAACGACCCAAUUAUCUCUUGGGUCUGGUCUUACAUUGCCGGCGUCCAGAUGGGGCAAAUGGCGGACCGUAUUGAGGCAGCUAACUAUCUUGCUUCGCUUGCUCAAGAUAACGACCGGAACAAGAAAAUUAUUGUGGAAGAAGGUGGAGUACCUCCUUUGCUGAAGCUUCUGAAGGAAAGCUCCUCAGCUGACGCCCAAAUUGCUGCUGCAAAUGCACUUUGUAUGUUGGCAAACGACGUAAACAGGGUGAGGACUAUAGUUAGUGAAAUGGGUAUCCCAAUCGUGGUUCAAGUAUUGGGGGAUUCUCCCGUGAGGGUUCAAAUCGAAGCGGCGAAUUUGGUGGCGAGAAUGGCAGGGCACGAUCAAGUGGCACAGGAUGAUUUCGCCAGGGAGAAGGUGAUUAGGCCUUUGGUGACCCUGUUGUCAUUUGAGACAUUUUUGGAUGAUCCUACAACACAAUUGGGUAAGCAAAUCAUUCAUUCAAUAGCUCAGAUUAAUAAAGAAAUGGAGAAAAAUUCACCAUCCAAUUCGUGGGGUUACCGGCCUUACAUGAAUUCAUACUCGAAUUUGUCUACGGAGGGUAGUAGUAGAGGGGGAAGUCAUAGGAAGGACAGGGAGAAUGAGCAACCUGAGGUGAAGCUUCAGUUGAAAAUUAGUUGUGCAGAGGCAUUGUGGAUGUUAGCUCGAGGGAGUGUUCAUAAUAGCAGGAGGAUAACCGAGACAAAAGGGUUGCUUUGCUUGGCCAAGUUGGUUGAGAAGGAACAAGGUGAAUUACAGUAUAAUUGCUUGAUGACUAUAAUGGAGAUUACAGCUGCUGCUGAAUAUGAUGCUGAUCUCAGGCGUUCAGCGUUCAGGACCAAUUCUCCUGCUGCAAAGGCUGUUGUUGAUCAGUUACUAAGGGUGAUUAAAGAGUUGGACAGCCCCACAUUGCAAAUUCCUGCCAUCAAGUCGAUUGGAUCAUUGGCAAAGACAUUUCCAGCAAGAGAGACUGGAGUGAUUAAGCCUUUGGUGGUGCAGCUGAGCAGUAGACACCAAGAAGUGGCUGCAGAAGCUGCCGUUGCAUUGCAAGAGUUUGCUUCAUCUGAUAACUAUCUCUGUACGGAGCACUCAAAGAGCAUAAUCGAGUUCCAUGGUGUUCCACCUUUGAUGAGAAUGCUUAGAGACAGUGAAAGGACACAGCUCCCGGGAUUGAUUCUGCUCUGCUACCUUGCAAUACAUGCAAGUAACAGUGAGGCUUUGGAACAGGCUAGGGUGCGGACUACCCUUGAGGGUGCAGACCGGACAGUGCUUGCCCAACACCCCAUGUUGAAGGAAUUGAUAUCCAAGGCAAUAUACCACCUCAAUCUUUAUCACACAGGAGUUCAUCCUCAGAGCCAAUCUUACAUGCCUUGAACAUUAACAUCCCCUUUUGUUUUUGGGAUAGUUUCUGCCUCUUAUGUCAAUAGAUUUGUAUUGGAAGCAAAUGGGAAGUAAAUAAUACUGAGGUUUGAAUCAGUUAUAGAAUUAAGUAGUUCAUCAAAGUAGAAAGCUUUCUUUGCCAAAGGAAAUUAUACAUAGUGCUCCUAAUAGAUUAGUUGCUUCAUACUCUCUUAUUAGGAAAUUGAUGAGAGAUUUUUCUGUUUUUUUUUUCUUUUUGUAUAAUUUUAUGAACAUAAAUUUCCUCAUGUUUU